AUGUGCUUGUUCAACGUCCCACUUAUUGGCAGAUUUGGUUACAGCAGCAUAAUUGGUCUCAUACCUGCAGUAGGAGACGCGCUCGAUUCUUUGCUGGCCUACAUGCUUAUCAGGAAAUGCUGUUCUGUGGAGCCUGGAUUGCCACACAAAAUCAAAAACGCCAUGUUAAUGAAUUUGGCCUUUGAUUUUUUCAUUGGGCUCGUGCCCCUCCUUGGAGACAUCGCUGAUGCUAUCUACAAAUGCAACACCAAAAACUACCUUCUACUAGAGAAGGAGCUCACCAAGAGGGCAGUACAAAGACAAGAAGGCGCUGGUAUUUCCAAUCCGGCAGCUGGCUCCAACUUUGGCCAGCAUUACGUGGAAUCUGAGGAACGGUAUGGGACGAAUACUCCCAGCGGACCGCCACCCAAAUAUACUUCGACCAAAAAGCCAAGGCGACCUGAACCGGCUUAUGAUCCGCGUGAAUCUGAAGGUAGAGGUGGUUAUUUUGGAGGCCGUCGGGAGGUGGAUCUAGAAGCUGGUGGAGAGCCUUCCAGAAACCAGGCCUUUAGAUCUCAAAGAAAUGCCUGA